AUGGCUGAUUUAUCUGAACAAGUACAAAACUUAUCCAUCAAUGACAAGAAUGACAAAGAUGGUUACGUUCCACCUCAUUUAAGAAACUCUGGUGGUAACAGACCUCAAAGAUCUAAUGAUAACUAUCGUGGUAACAAUGAAAGACGCGGUGGAGGUAGUUUCUUCGGUAACAAUGGUAGACGUGAAGGAGGCAACAGUUUCUUUGGUAACAAUAACAGACGUGGUGGUUUUGGUGGUAAUAAUAAUAAUGGUGGUGGUUCCAGAAAUUCCAACUUUGGUAGAUGGGAUGAUGGCAAACAUAUUCCAGGUAGAAAGAAUGAAAGAGUUGAAUUGGAUUUAUUUGGUGCUCCAGAUGAUCCAGGUUUCCAAUCUUCAGGUAUUAAUUUCGAUCAUUAUGAUGAUAUUCCAGUUGAAGCCUCUGGUGAAAAUGUUCCUGAACCAAUCACUGAAUUCACUGCUCCACCUUUAGAUGAUCUUUUAUUUGAAAAUGUUCAAUUAGCUCGUUUCACUAAACCAACUCCAGUUCAAAAAUAUUCUAUUCCGAUUAUUGCCGCUGGUAGGGAUUUAAUGGCUUGUGCUCAAACUGGUUCUGGUAAAACUGGUGGUUUCCUUUUCCCUGUCUUAUCUGAAUCUUUUAAGAAUGGUCCUUCACCUGUAACUAAUAAUGGUGGUUAUUCUUACCAAAGAAAAGCUUAUCCAACUGCUGUUAUUAUGGCUCCAACUAGAGAAUUAGCUACUCAAAUUUAUGAUGAAGCUAAGAAGUUCUGUUACAGAUCCUGGGUUAGACCUUGUGUUGUUUAUGGUGGUUCUCCAAUUGGUAACCAAAUGAGACAAAUGGAUCAAGGUUGUGAUCUUUUGGUUGCUACUCCAGGUCGUCUAAAUGAUUUACUAGAACGUGGUAAGAUUUCUUUAUCUAACGUUAAAUAUUUAGUACUUGAUGAAGCUGAUAGAAUGUUAGAUAUGGGUUUCGAACCUCAAAUUAGACAUAUUGUCGAAGAUUGUGAUAUGACUCCAGUUGGUGAAAGACAAACUCUGAUGUUCUCUGCUACUUUCCCAGAUGAUAUUCAACAUUUAGCUCGUGAUUUCUUAUCAGAUUAUAUCUUCUUAUCUGUUGGUAGAGUCGGUUCUACAUCUGAAAACAUUACUCAAAAGAUUAUGUACGUUGAUGAUAUGGAUAAAAAAUCCGCUCUAUUAGAUAUUUUAUCUGCUCAAAAUGAAGGUUUAACUUUGAUCUUCGUUGAAACUAAGAGAGAAGCUGAUAAUUUAACUGAUUUCUUAAUCAUGCAAAACUUCAGUGCUACUGCUAUUCAUGGUGAUCGUACUCAACAAGAAAGAGAACGUGCUUUGGCUGCUUUCAGAUCUGGUAGAGCUAACUUAUUAGUUGCUACUGCUGUUGCUGCAAGAGGUUUGGAUAUUCCAAAUGUUACUCAAGUUGUUAACUACGAUUUACCAACAGAUAUUGAUGACUACGUCCAUAGAAUUGGUAGAACUGGUCGUGCCGGUAACACUGGUACCGCUAUUGCUUUCUUUAACAGAAAUAACAGUAACGUUGCUAAGGGUCUAUUUGAAAUUUUGACUGAAGCUAAUCAAGAAGUUCCUCAAUUCUUAUCUGAUGCCGUUAGAGAUUCAGGUAGAAGUAGAUCUAACAGAGGUUUUGGAUCUCGUAGUAACAGUUCCAGAGAUUACCGUAAACAAGGUAGUGGUAGUGGUUUCGGUGGUAACAAGGGUAGAGAUAACAACUGGGGUGGUUCCAGAGGUGGUUCUGGUUCUGGCUGGGGUAGCUCUGGCAACUCUGGCAACUCUGGUAGCUCUAACUGGGGUAACUCUGGUAGUAGAUCCAACAACGGUGGUUGGGGCAACGGUUCCUCAUCAAACAACAACCAAUCCUGGUGGUAA